AUGAACGACAUCAAGAGUAACCGAGAACUGUACCUGCAGUACACCGCCACGGCCCCCAAGCUGCUGGCCCACGUCUCCAGGCUGCUCGUUGGCUGCCGGAACGCAGGCAUUUCUGUACCCAAGGGCAUCAGAAACAUCUUUGAGUUCACCUGGGAGGAGCUGAUCACCGACCCCAUGGUCCCUACCCCCUCCGACAUCUUGGGCCUGGAGAUCAGCAUUGGCACCCCGCCCAUGGUGCUUAUGGAAUCAGCUCCUGUGCAGGCCCCCAUCCAGAAGAAGCUGCUCCCACCAGCGCUCCCACUGCCAAUGCUGCCCGCUUCCACUGGGCCGGCCAAAUUCACGCACUCUCCCACCCACGGCCGCCGCAGGCAGUCCAGCCAGGAGACCCUGCACAGGUUCCAACGGCAGUCCAUCCACCUGCUGACCGAGCUCCUCAGCCUGAAGAUGAAGGCCAUGCUGGAGUCUGUGUCUGUAGGUGCCAACCCCCUGGACAUUACAAAGCGCUUCGUGGAGGCCAGCCAGCUCCUGCACCUCAAUGCCAAAGAGAUGGCUUUUGACUUCCUGCUUGGCACCAUUGGGAGAAACUGUGGCAGUGCUGGACAGAUGGGAAAAGAUUCCUUUACGAGUAUCCCAGCCAUGGGUGUGAACUCGCCUUACCAGCUUGUCUACGAGGCCUCUUCUGGUUGUCUGACCUUUUCCCUCUCAACUGGAAGGGAAUUCAAGAAGAAAGCAGGCAAACCCAAAAAUACGGACGAUGCUUUGGCAUCCCCGCAGCGAGGAGCAGGAGCGGGAACCUCUAGCUCUGAGGUUAUCGAGUUGAGCGACCCUUGCCCUGAAGCCCGGGAGAAGCUGCAGGAGAUGUGUCGCAUUAUAGAAGCCGAAAGGGUCUCGUGGAAAGGGAGGAACAUCUUCUACCCCAUCGUCAUACGCAACUACAGGGCAAAGAUGCCCCCUCAUCUAUUGUCGACCCCCAAAGGCGAUGCUCAGACCCACAGCUCCCACCACCCUCACCCUCCAGGUGCUCAGACUUCUGCGUCCACCCCUCACCAGCCUUCCGCCCACCACCUCCACUUUGGCCAGCAUUCUCUGGAGUGGAAGGGACCCAGGAAGUUCAUCAAGUUGCACUACUCCUUCUACGACGGGUCCUCCUUCAACCUGGAGAGUUUCUGUUAUUUCUGCUUAACCAUUUCUGCCAGUUAUCCCUCUGGAAACAUCGCCGUGUGUCAGAUCCCCACAUGCUGCAGAGGGAGAGCCAUCACCUGCCUCUUUAAUGACACACCCAGCUUCUCCUUCCUGGCCCUGUUCAAUGCUGAAGGCCAGGGCUGUGUCCACUACAACUUAAAGGCCCGCUGCCCAUACGUCUUGGUCUUGGACGAGGAAGGUGGGAUCACCAACGACCACAAGGGCUACGUAGUCCACAAGUGGAGCUGGACUUCCAAGACAGAGACUUUACUCUCUCUGGAAUACAAGGUGAAUGAUCAAAUGAAGCUGACGGUGCUCGGGCAGGACUCUAUGAUGGUCACCUUCACCUCCAUGAAUGAGACAGUAACGCUCCCCAUAUCGGCCAGCAACUGUCCCCACGGGAUAUCGCAUGAUAAGCGGAUAACCCGCAGAAUGAGCAGCAUGGACGAAAAGAUAUCUAAGAUGAGCCGGGCCCUGGCAGAGAUCAAGAGGAGGUUUCAGAAGACAGUGUCCCAGUUCAUGAACUCCAUCCUGCUGGCGGCAGGCCUGUUCACCAUCAAGUACCCAGUGAAGGAAGAGGCAGACGCCAGCCGGGCCAGGCUGAAGUCCGGGCUCUUCCCGGGGCGCAGCACCAAGCUGAGCCUGUCCUCAGGAGAUGUGCUGCUACUGCGGUCGCAGUCAGCCCGGCCCGAGUCCCUGAUUGAAGGGGCCCCAAAGGAGGAGCCCGAGUCGGCUCCUGUGAGCCCCACGCGGAAGAAGCCCGGCAAGCCCCACACCAAGGCCACGGCCACACGCAGAGGGAAGGCCGGAGAGGUGUGCAGCCCCACCAGGUGGGCGGCCUCACUGUCCGACUGCCCCCUGGUGCUGCGGAAGCUCAUCAGCAGAGAGGACAUCCAGGCCGGCUGCAAGUGUAUGGUGAAGGUGCCCCUGGUGUCCGACGUGGAGCUGGAACGCUUCCUGUCGGCGCCCCGAGACCCCAGCCAGGUGCUGGUGUUUGGGAUCGUGUCGGGCCGGAACCCCACCAAGUCGGGGCAGCUCCAGUGGCUGCUGGACACGCUCUACAGCCCCCGGCAGCAGGGCCGCGCCUCUCCCUGCAUCCAGUGCCGGCGCGAUCCCUACCGCCUGCUGCGCUACGAUCUGGACGGCCCGCUGCAGAGGGACCCGCCUCUGCUGGUGAAGAAGUACGCUGUGGUGCAGGGCAUGAUUCUGAUGUUCGCUGGGGGAAAGCUACUUUUUGGGGGCUGUGUUUUGAACGGCUAUGGCUUCAGCAGGCAGAACCUGCUGAAACAGAUCUUCCAGGCUCGACAGGACUGCAAGAUGGGCUACUUCCUGCCUGAGAACUACAAAUUCAGCGUUUUAGCCUCCGUCCCGGGCCUGGAAGACCCCACCUCAGCCAAGAAAGCGGUCUCGGGGGACGUCCAAGGAAGCCUCUCCUCGUUGGCCUUGGGGGACAAGUUGGAGGAGCCCUCCACUGAAGCCGAGAGGAAAAUGAUCCAGCCUGAUUUGGAUCUGCGUGCUCUCAACAAAGCCUGGAAGAGCAAUAAGAAGACAUCCACCUGGAAGAAGCAGGCCUCCAAGAAGUGA